AUGACCGAAAAGUACACAUCUACCCUCCGAGAUGCUCGUGUCUUGGUCUUGGGUGGGACUUCUGGAAUAGGUUACGCUGUAGCCGAACACGCCCUCGCCAUCGGAGCCCACGUCUUUGUAUCAUCGUCCCGCGAGACCAGCGUGGCAAGAACGAUAUCCCGCCUCCAAGCCUUUGAUCCACAAGCGACUAGUCGUGUUCAUGGCUUCGUCUGCGAUCUACAAGACAUCUCAAGGCUGCGAUCAAACCUCGAAACGCUCCUCAAGACCGUGACUCAUGACUGCCAACUCGAUCACAUUGUCUUCACAGCGGGAGAUGCGCUACCCAUAUCACCUAUCAACGAAUCAAGUCCAGAAGAACUCCAAAAACUGGGUAAUGUGAGCUUCUAUGCCCCGAUGAUCCUGAGCGGUCUGGUCCCACAAUACAUGAAAAACUCACACCACUCCUCUCUGACUUUCACCACUGGCACCGCAAUUAAUCGACCUUUGAAGGGUUACACUCCUUUGGUUGCAUACGGCGCAGGCGUAGAGGGACUCAUGAGAGGUCUAGCAGUGGAUCUUGCGCCCAUUCGAGUGAAUGUGGUUAGUCCUGGGGCUGUUCGUACGGAAAGGUUCGACAGCUUUGGCAAAGAACGUUUGCAAACUACGCUGGACAUGUUUCAAAAGUGGAGCUUGAUGAAUACAGUAGCUACGCCGGAGGAGGCUUCCGAAGCUUAUGUGUUCUUGAUGAAGAGUAGCUUCGGUACAGGGACUGUUGUGACUAUAGACGGAGGGAGAUUGAUAAAGCAGUGA